CAAAACAACUGAAGGCAGAAGAGGGGAUGCGGAAAAGUAUUACAGGAAAGCGUCCGCAAGAACAGCCGCGGGGAAGCUGCACCAUGGCGUAGUCCCGGUAGCGCCGGCACCUGCCAUAGGAGAAGAGGAAAGUGAGCGAGCUGAAACAGGCGGCAACUACAAAUCCCGGCAAGCCGUGCCGCCCUCUCGUCCUCCCUCUCCCCUCCCUGCGUCCCCGGGUUGAAGAGGAAGCGGAGGCGGGCUGAGUUAAGGUGUAAUGGAGUCCCAUAGCUCUACCAGCAGUCACAUGAGUAAAUCACCAACUUCUGAAAGUGAAGAUGAGAUUGAGUUCGUUGGAGAAGGACCUUUAAGACCUGUACUUGAAUGCAUUGAUCUUAUCAGUAGUGAGGAUGAAGAACCAAACAGCAGUUCUUACAUUCAUAGAAAUACCAAGCGGAAAGAUCACAUCGACUAUCAGAAAGAACGAGUUGCAUCAACCUUGGAGCGUCUGGCACACCACGUUGAAGUAGAGAAACAGCAAAAAGAAGAGAAAAACAAAGCCUUUAAGGAGAAAGUUGGUUCCCAACGUGCUCACGUGUUACAAGAACUAGAAUAUAUUCGGGCACACAGUGACACAGAAGCUGCAAGAUUAUGCGUGGACCAGUGGUUAAAAAUGCCAGGUCCCAAACCAGGUACCGUUAACAGUGGAAAAAGGGCUAUUUGUAAGAGGUCAGGUCAGACGAAAGUCAGCAGCCAUCCCAUAGCUUGUCCUGUGAUGCAUUGCAACAGAGAGUUUGAUAACGGACCUCUUCUCCUAGGUCACCUUCAAAGGUUUGAUCAUUCUCCUUGUGACCCAACAGUCACAUUACAUGGACCCCCAAAUGAGGCUGUUGCCUGUGUGAUAUGCUGCAGAAGAUUUUCAAACUCUCAGCAGUACAGUGAUCAUCUUUUGUCUAAGCUGAAGGAAAAUGAUGGACAUAAAAAAGAUGUCCCCCCACAGCAUGUUCCAUGUUUUGCAUGCCCAAGCUGCUUCCUCCUUUUCACUGAAAGAGACAAAUGCUUGCAGCAUAUGUCAGAAAAGAACCAUUUCCAGGCUUCCAAAUUCAGUGAUGAAAUGAAAGCUGACCUUCCUCUACCAUUCCCAUCCUAUGCAAAGAACCUUCUGAUAUCUCUGUGCAAAGAGGUCCCCUUCCAAGUGAAGUGUAUGUCCUGCCGCCAGAUCCUACGCUCACAUAUGGAACUGACAGCGCAUUUCAGAACACGUUGUUAUAAUUCUGGGCCUAUGGCAGUGGCAAAGAAGAACAUCUCCCAAGUUGCAGAGAUAUUUAAAACAAAAGGUCACUGUGAGAGUUGCGACAAACUGUUUCCUGAUCAGAGUCAGAUCAUCCAGCAUAGGCAAGCCACUCAACAUAACAUUAAAGUUUUUACUACAAUGGAAGAGUCCAUCUUAAUGUUCUGUCAUAUCAAUGGAAGAAAUAAAAAGCAGUCUUUUUUGUGCCAUGUUAUGGAUCGUUCAAGACCACUGCUUAAAAGACAUUUAACUUCGAAUGAGCCUACCGGUGAAAUGGAGCCUACUCCUUCGAAACAGAAGAGCCAUUUAAAAGAUGAAAAAGAAGAUCACGUAACAAACCAAAGUCAAAGCAGUGCUUGCAAAGUAAAAGCCUGGUUUUGUGAAUGCCUUCAAAAAUUUUUUACAGAAGACUCAGUAGAAGAGCACAUUUUAUCAGCAAAUAGGAUCUGUUACAAGUGUGCUGUGUGUGGAAAGCUCGCUGAAAAUGCCAGCAUUAUCCACCUGCAUAUGAGUCGAUUCCAUGGGGGAGCACACCUUAAUAAUUUUUUUCUCUGGUGUAGAGCAUGCUCUGUAGGCCUCCGAAAAGAGGAUAUUAUGGGGCAUGUGACUGAAUGUCAUGGUGGACAUAGCUACUAUUAUGAACAAGAAGCUCUGGAAGAUGAACCCAUGCCAUCGGCUUCUGACACCGCAUGCAUUCCUGACGGUGAAAGGCAGGACGGCCUUUCUAGUCCUGGGGAACUACCCCCUGACACAAGCUGUCUUCUGGGGAAGUGGCAGUGCCGUGUUUGUGAGGAGAUGUUUGACUCUGAAGACAGCGUUAAACAGCAUUGCAUGUCCCUGGAGAGUCACGCCUUUCACAGGUAUAGCUGUGGCUUAUGCAGAAACCACUUCCGCAAAGUGGGAACGCUACAGCGACACUUCCAGGAGCACCAUAACCAAGAGAUACAGACUAAGUACUUCUGUGGCCUUUGUGGUAAUCUCUUCUUUGACACCGAAGAAGAAUUUCUAGUCCAUUAUAAGGAGAUUCAUAGCAGGGACUAUACCUUUGUGCCUGAGCAGAUGGAAUUAUCAAUAAAAAAAGAGGAGGAUUUUCUCCCAGCAGAAGAAGCAGACUGCUUAAGCUGUGGCUGCCGGAAAACUUACAUCUCUAGAAUAAACAAGAGGAACGAUUAUGUGAACUGUCAGAAAGCCAUGCUGCAAAAAGGAAACUUAUGGUUUCGAUGCUGCAUCUGUUCUGCAACUGCGCAGAACUUCUCCGAUUUGAAGGUUCAUCUCAACAGUCACACGCCACUGAAACGUAAGGAGGAGAUGUAUGUGGUUAGAUGUGCCGCGUGCAACAAAAACUUUGAUGACCUCCAGAGCGCCCAUCAGCACUAUCACGUGAAACACUGCUUCUUGCAGAAACCUGAUCUAUCCAGUCUUGCACCAGAAUCAGAAAAUAAAGUAUUCAAGUUCACAGCAAGUGAGGCUUGUGUGGACAGAAAAUCUCACAAGCUAAAAUUUCAAGCGUCUCCAUCCAAGACUCAGGAAGGACCGCAGUCACCUACUCUUCAGGGACCAAGAUGGGCAAAGAAAGAAAAGGGGAACUUGGAAUACUCUGAAGAACCUGGUGGGGAUGGUGAACUUCCCGAUCUUGACUACCUGCGUACCAUGACUCACAUAGUUCUGGUGGAUCUGGACAACUGGGGAAGCUUUUUCAUGCACCUGCCAGCUAACCUGAACCAAGGGACAUUUGUCUGGGGCUUUCAAGGAGGACAAAGCAACUGGAAGCCUCCAGUGCAGUGCAAAAGUUACAAUUCUCUUAAGAGGAUUGGAUGCUUCUUUCUUCAUCCACGUUGUGGUACCAGAAGAGAAGCAGCAGACUUUGCUCUCUGUGUUCAUGCUGGUCGUCUGGAUGAGCACCUGCCCAAGCAAAUUCCUUUCACCAUACUUUCUGGAGACAAAAGCUUCCUGGAACUGGAAAGUCAAUUUAAGAUGACCCAGCGGUCAGCUCACAUCCUAAAUCCUCACCACAUCAAAGGAGACAUGAUGUGUGCCUUGCUAAACAGCAUUUCAGACACCACAAAAGGUUCAGAUAGUGAAGAGGAUGAAGAUAUGAAACUAACAAUGCAGAGGAGCUUAGAAGAAGCAAGGAAACAGGAAGAGCAAGAUGCAGAUUUGCAAGAAGCUAUCAAGAGAAGCCUUGAGGAAAUGUAAAUGAAGAUACUUUGGUACACUAACACCAUAUCAUCAGAGCUCCUUACAAAGAUGGAAGCUUGUUCAUCCAUUUACAAAGGUUCAGAACUGCCACUUCAAACACACGUCUGUAGCUUCAAGUGUUAGAUCUAUAGCCUGAUGCCCUCUGUCACGCCAGUGAGCACCUGCGUUCAUGGAUGUCCACUGCAAGAUACUGUGGAUGAUAAAAAGAAUUUUUUAAGCCUUUGCAUAUUCUGUUUCUAAUGGGCAAUGACUGAGUCUCUCCAGUCUAGGUGCAUAAGUUGUUGCCUAAUUAGUAGACUGGUCAUACUGGGUAUUUUGAGGGGUUUAAUUUCUGUUCAUUUUCUUUGGUUUUUUGUUCUUUUAUUUAAGUUUUGUCACAAAAUGUCUUUGUCUUUACUUUUUCAUGUGGUCUUUGCACCAGAUAAAAACAGUAAACUCUCAAAAAAAACCCCAACAGGUCAAGCUGUCUCAGAUUUGCCUAGCUUACCUUGUUCUCAAGAGAGAACUUAGAUCCCAGGUUUAUAAAUUGAGGAUAUGGCCUAACUCUUGCCUGUGGCUGGUUUGACCUCAUAGACCAUAAUUUUGUCUAUGUCCCGUUUGUCACAGAGGUCAGCAUCAGGACCACAGGCUGUACAGUUAGCUUGUCAGCUUUGUUUUAUAAAUGUGUGUUCUUUUCCAAUGGCAGAGUGUUGGAUUCGGUGGCUUGAAGUUUGAUGGGUUUGGUUCCUUUCUAUGAUCUGAGGCUGGAACAACUCUUUGAGGGAACAUAAGCUAAAUUAAACUUUCUAGUUCCUGUUUGGAAUAGAAGUGGUAAAAUUUAAGCUGUAUCAUUCCUGUAUACUCUCAUCUUUGCUCCUUCUGUUUGUGAAGAGAUGGCCUUGGAUAAGUGAAUGUACAUGUGUUAAUAAUUUUUGUACAGUUCUUUAUUUCUGUGUUUAAAUUUAUCUGUGUCGCCUUUUUCAGCUCCUUUGUUUAAAAGUACCUAUGCAAGCUGUUCGGCUUUACCAGCCUAUUAUAUUUCAUUUAAUGUUUACUGUCAAUCAGUAAGAGCUCUCAAUAUAAUAAAAUGCUGGCUUAAUUUUUCUA